AUGGAGCCCUACGGAACCCCGAUCAACCUGGGCAGCAUUGGGUACUCGGGGAAGUCGGGAAUGUUCGUUCUCGGCGCUUCUCAGAAAGCCGCCCUGGACGAUGCUGGCCUUCCCUUGGAGUAUUACCGCUCCUACAACGCUUCCUUCUUCGAACCGGCGCGAUACACCGCCCGAGUCCCCGACAUCGAUGUGAACCGGGUGAAGACCUGCGCCGACAGUGCAGAGCUUGGCUACCCGGGCAUCGCAGAGCUCUACUUCGAAAAGACGGGCGAUGCUGGAGGCGUGGUUCAAAGUGGCGGCUCCAGGAUUUUGGAUUGCCUCUGGGACAGAUGGUGGCUUGCACCUGCCUGCCGCGGCAACGUUUCCAAGUGUGUUCCGCUCAUCAUGCCGAACACCGCGUGGGGAAUGCCCGAAAUGAUGCAGCAGGCCUUCUGGCACAACAUGCCUGUGGCUUUCGCUACCGCGGUUGACGGUGACUUCGUGACCCUGAACCGUGAGCUGCGCAGCUUGCUAUAUGCAUGGGUUCCGGAAACCACGUUCUUUCUCGACAACCCUUCGCUGGUGAUCUUUCCCGAGCACAGCCCUUCGGAGUACCAGAACAAUAUCUACAAGACCCAGAACUCUGAGACUUUGCUGACGAAAUGGGCAGCGGCAGGAUUUCAGGAGGUGGCGGAGCGGCCCUUUAAGAUCGCCCAGAACGUGCAGUUCACCUUCGAGCAGAUCAUGGGCAUCUUGUGGCGGCACGUCUACUCAGGGAGCCCGGAUCCCUGGGAAACUGCAUGUGCCUGGAUGAAGGAAGAGGAGGCCUUGUGGCAGGCCUGGAUACCCAACGAGACGGAGUGCACGGCAGGGAGGGGCCUGAUCGACUCGGAUGGGAACUUCGUGCAGGAUCGAGCCCUGGCGGUGAAUUGCCAGUUUUGCCCUGCUGGGAGCUACUCGGCUGAGCAGGGCUCCACUCGAGUGUGCAAGGCCUGCGAGCCAGGCACGAAACAAGGCAUCCCAGGUGAAUCUGAAUGCCUGCCCUGUGAACUGGGGACGAUGGCCCUUGUGGAGGGUUCCAGAGAGUGUGAAAGCUGCCAGUUGGGUCAGUACGCGAACCAAACUCGCAUGUCGCAAUGCCAGUAG